CGCAAGUGUUCCCAUCAACCCAUGUAAGUGAAGCAUAUCCCCAGCAUGUUGUGUAAAUGGCUUACAAGGAGAUCAGUUGCAGAAUCAUCUGAAUUCAAGUACCGACGUCUGCUGGAUUUGUUAAAGACACGUUUGGCAGCGGCCGCCGAUCGUCAGAUCAUGCCACGGCUUACAGAACAGGAAGAGGUCAUCUUUAGCAAUCUAUUCAAGGAAGCGACGGAUGCCCUUGAGAUCGAAAUACUGCAGGAGAAGAGCAGAUUUGGGAGCAACAAAACAUCAUCAAGAAAGAGACUGAGAUCUGGCGAUGGGUCAGCCGUGUCUCCAAGCAAGUCUUCUAUGCCAUCGACGCCUGCUCCAACAUCCAAUACGGAUGAGACCUUGCUUCUAUCUUCAGGCGUACUGAACGCACCCGGUCCUGGCAUUGCGAUGGGGCCACCUCCUUCUCCAGCAUAUCACGAGUAUAGUACGCCUGGGGUCCCUGUGACAGUUGACAUGGCACCAGAACAAGUCGCUAGACAUGUUCCCGCUUCUGACUUCACGGAGCCAGCAUCGGUAAACUAUGUGAAUACUGGCGAUACAAACGGGACUACCAUGGGAGAGGACAUUGAUUUUGAGGCUCUGAUGAGAUGGAGUGGAGAAGGGUAACGCCAUGGAAACUGUUUCAUACUCUUCUGCGUUUUGAAUACAUAAAACUGAUCGCGACAAAUGUUCAGAUGCGGAGCUUCAUGGAGUAAUCCUAGAGCUUUUUGUAAGACUGGAGAUGUUGGCAAGACUAGAUGGAGACAUGUUUGUAGAUUCACAAGCUGCGUAAAUAGUGGUUUUGACAUGUUGAAGACACUCACGGUAUAUCAGACACGACUUCUCAGUUUUCACCACCAGUAUGGAGUCGCGAGCAGUCACAAAAAGGCCCAGUAAAUUACUCAUCCACCGACGGAAGGCUUGUGAGACAGUGGUAUCGACGCGGGUCGGUGGUGCCAUCUCUGCUGUUGGCUCGUCGCCAAGGGAUCAAACGAGUCGGACUCCUCAGAUGGCCAUUGUCAACCUCCAUUGCUCUGUCUGAGCUGUCGUUGUUGGAUUGUCAACCUCCGUUGCUCUGUCUGAGCUGUCGUUGUUGGA